GGACCCCAGCCUCCUCCAUGCCGUGUGCGGUGUGUAGCCUAUGAGUCGGGUAACACAAAACCAGUCGUCUCUCUACUGGCUAACCAGCUGGCCGUUGGCUUCUAAUCCUUUCUCUAUCUUUCUUUCUCUCUCUCUCUCUUUCGAUUGUUUCCGCCGUGGGACGUUUCGCGCGCGAGUGCAUUUUAUGAGUGUGUGUGUGUGUGUGUACAUGCUAUAAUUUCUGUUUGAAAAUUUCGUACAUUAGUAGAAAAGUCCCCAAUGUGGAGAAUGCAACAAACCGAUCGGACAAGGAGGACGCUGCACUGCGAAAACCGUAUAUGUUGUGGCAGAUUCGUGCAUGACACUGUGUGAUGCAAUUGCGUUCGCGUCAACGUGAGUCCGCAUAUUACGGGCGAGAUUCGACCAGCCCGCGAAAGUGGAACCGCGGAGAACCGAGUGCGUGUAGACACGGUCGAUAUGUUUUGCAAAAAUAGUAGCACCGCCUCCUCUUGGCGUCGCGAUUCAACGCGUUUAAUUGGCACGCGAAUCAUUUACGUGGAAUUCUAGUUGAAGACUUUUCGGUCCCGAUAUUACGGUGAAUAAGUGCGAUUUGUUUUAUAAAUAUAGUUCGUUAUCGAUAUUCGCUGCGGCCCCUCAAACGUGUCAAAAGCGCGUAAUUUCGUCGUUCGAUGAUGGAUUUCGUCGAUUUGUCGAGCCGCCGAAAAUUUCGUUUCAUUUUUCGAGACGCAAAGUCAAAGACGAUUCUUUCGUCGCGAAACUCGUUUUCGCUCCGCGACUUUCACCAGUGAUUAACGAUUAUAGCGAGCAAAGAGUAUAACAAAACGUUUGCGCCGAUCCACAAUAAUCGGCGAUCGCGGCAACGCGGCAACCUCCGAUUAAACUCCGCGCGCGCGCGAGCGAGUUCUUGAGUUUCACUAAAUGUUAAUUCGUCGUCUCAUGUAUCUGGUGGCGUGACAAAUAGCGUGGCUCCGUGACGCUCGACGCAAGGCGUUUCGUCGUUACUACGGUCACUAUUUGGACGGUGACAGAAUCCGCGCGAUCGCCAAACGGUGGAGCGUGCCAGUCGAGUGAAAAUUCGACUUGCGAAUAUUGGAAGACGUUCAAAGGUGUCCGUUUCGGAAUAUAUCGCCGUCGACGACGAGUCGCGUCGGCAAAUCGCGGAUUGGAAGGAUUACGUGCAUCAACGCUGGAUCUGUGUCAAGGCGGCGAGCGCCGCGUGAUCAGUGAACUGUCAAACGUAUCGCCGCGACAGUCAUCUGCGAUUAAUUUCAUCUCUCAUUUCACUUAACGCGCUGUCACCGAGGAAUUCCGCUCGUAGAAAACAUUUCAAGCGACGCCGAGUGCCGCGCAGUAACGAACGCGCGGAUGUUCAAGAUCUCGCGAUUUUGUAAUUCGGGUUGGAUAGACAGCCGUUUACAAGUUAGGAUUUAUUUGCUCAGCAAGAGCGACGGCGAGAGAAUAAUUACUCGAUACCGCGAGCGGAAUCGAGAUGGAUCGUAGCUUCAAGAACAACGCGGACUUUAAAAUGAAUCAACAGAACUUCAAGCUGAGCGAUUUCGGGAUCGACGUGAAAUCCGGCCACGAGCCGAAGGCCGCUGGUCAGAGUAAUCAGUGUAAGGUACGGCGAGGUGCUCAGGUCAGCCAGCGGUACGUUCACGCGGAGAACGCGCACGUGCGGCAGGUUUCGAUGAGCUCGGGACGACUCGCGAGCGGCUCGAAUCUGCUGCAGGUCGCGUGCAAUCGUUCUCGCGCCGGUCCGCUGGUGACGUCCAACGGCAACAACCAGCACAGGAACAGCCCGAGUCAGCUCGGGCAGUUGCAGAACGCUGCGGCAGCGGCGACGACGGACCGAUUUCAGACGUCCAGUCCGAGCAACCUGUCCGGAACCGGUCCGAUCAUGCAGCUCAGCUCGUCGCCCAGUUAUUGGAAACAGUACGGGGGGCAGGAAAGCGGGUAUGGCUCGGAUGAAUUCGGGCAGGACUCGCCGAGAUACACGUCGCCGAAGAAUGCCCUUUACGCGGAUUCCUAUUACAUUGAUGGUAAUACUACAGGAACCGGUCCCGGUGACCCAUGGACGGGUAGCGGCGGUGGUGUCCAACCCCCAUACAGUGGAUACGCAGCCUCUCACCUGGCGCAGCCAGCCUAUCCCAUGCACCUACCCCACGACCCCAUGGCAUACUCGGCGAUGUCGCCGAACGGUGAAUCUGCAGCGCCGAUCCUGGGCUCGGCGGUGACCAGUGCGGCUUCCCUGCCGCCAAUGUCGACAUUCCGGGGUAGUGCCGCGGUCGCGGCGAACAGCGGCACAGGGGCGCCGUCGCCGGCAUCAUUGCAAUAUAGCCAUAGUCCUGGUGCACCGACGACCGCGCCUUCCGCGCCCAACACUGCGCCCACGACGAACCAGCAAUCCACCACGGAGGACACCCUCGGCAAGACCCUCGCAUCCGUCGUGAGCACCCGAAUUUAUCCCACGGACCAAUCAGUAUCCAGUUAUAGCAGUAAUCCAUCUACGCCCGUCAGUUCGCCACCACCUUUAACCGGCUCGGCACCAGGUUGGGCACCUGGAGCCGCGCCAGUAUCUCCGCAUUUUACGGCGGACCCCAAUCGUGGUAUUCACAUGCCGGCGCCUGAACAGCAGAGGCUAGACGAUGCCAUCGGCUUCCUUCGCGACCACGCCGAGUUGGUACAGGGGACACGGAUGGAGGAGCGGUUAGACGAUGCCAUAAACGUACUGAGGAAUCACGCCGAAAGUCAAGUGGCCCUUCAUCUUGGCCCGGUCGGUCCACACGGCGGGAUAUACUCGCACACCUCACCACCGCAACUGGAUCAUUUGACGAGUCCACAUUCUGCGGUAACGGUGACGCAACCUCAGGGUUCCUACCCCGGUCUUACGCCUACGCCCGACACGGACGGUUCCAUCAAGAUCGAAAGGUUACCUGUGACGAAUGCCAAAUACAUCCCUGCAUUAGAAAAGAGGAAAGAUCCACCCGACAGCAGCGGCGGCGAGACGAAGCCAUCGAGCAGCGAGCUCGCGGCGGCCGGGGUAAUCGGGGCUGCUACAGUCAACUCGACGUCGCAAGGAAAGGGAACGAAGCGAUCGCGCAGAUAUUGUUCGAGCGCCGAGGACGAGGAUGAUGAUCCCGACAUGAAGGCACAAAGGGAGAAAGAGAGGCGGCAAGCAAAUAACGCUAGGGAAAGGAUACGUAUCAGGGAUAUCAAUGAGGCUCUAAAGGAACUCGGUAGAAUGUGUAUGACACAUCUAAAGACGGACAAACCUCAAACGAAGCUCGGUAUUCUCAACAUGGCUGUUGAAGUUAUAAUGACACUCGAACAACAAGUCAGAGAACGGAACCUUAAUCCAAAAGCUGCGUGUUUAAAAAGAAGAGAAGAAGAAAAAGCCGAAGAUGGUCCGAAGUUACCAGGCCACCUUGCAGCGCACAUAGCACAUCCGCAUUCUCAUCCACACGCGCACUCCCAACCGCCCUUCCCCGCAUUACCUGGUCCACAACCUUCCCUUCAGCACAAUCCACCACAGCCGCAGUAGCAGCGGCUCAGUGGCGGUAUCAUUCUGUGUUAAGGGGUAGAUACAUCUUAAAAUCGAUAAGAAACAAUGAAUUAUGAACAUGACUUACAUAACCAUACAGGAUUUUUCUCUGCUCUUAUAAGUUGUGGGAAUGUGCAAAAAAUUGUGGAUAUUAUGUGGUGUGUUACAUUAAUAGAAGAAAGAAAAGGAGAGUAGAUAAGAGACAUUUCCAAUCAUAUUUUUUAAAAAUAUCUUGUUUAUUAUUUAAUAU